UAUGUCACAUGUUCCAAAGCCACAAGAAGGCACCUUACACCAUUUUAAUUGUGCUAUUAAAGUUAGCUACCCAAGAUGUCGAUGCCGGGCAGAGGAGAGGGUGUGAACCUCAACAUUAGACUGAGGACUGAUGCCACACCACAGCAGCUACUCAAAGAGAUAGCUUUUUCUCCACUCAUCUAUAUACGUCUACUCGGGAUUCUCUUCUCAGUCAUUGUGUUUGGCUGUGUUGCUGACCAAGUGUUGUUCACAAUAGGUGGCAUUGAUAGCUGCUACUAUGGUACCUACAGUGCGUGCAGCUUUGCCAUAGCCGUGGGUGUGAUAGGAUUCCUUCUGUCUCUGGCCUUCAUUGCCAAGGACGUUCUCUAUAUUGUCAUCGACUACUCUGAAAACCCAGUGAUGAAGAAGGUGAUUCUACUAGUGGACAUUGUAGCCAACGCCUUCUGGGGCUUCAUGUGGUUCGUCUGUUUCUGCUUCACUGCAAACCAACUGCGACAAACUGGAAUUCCUGCCGUACAAAACUGUGCCAACUCUGGAGUGGCUUUCUCAUUCUUCUCAGUUCUGGCCUGGGGAGCCAUUGUUGGUAUCAACGUGUUCUAUUUCCUCCGUCUGCUGAAGGGAGGGGACACUAAAGGGUUGCCCGGCUCAGGGGGUCCAUCUGGAUAUGCCUCAUUCCCUGAGGGGCCCGGGAGUGAUGAGGGAGGAGAGGAUGAACACAGGUCACAGUACGCCCCACCAGAGUAUUAGGGACACGAAGUGCUUGACCUUAUAAUACUGAUCACUGAACACAUGCUGUGAUUGAUUUUGUAACCUGAUGUAUGUGCUAGCUCUGUUGUGAAAUAUUCUUGUGGUGAAUUUG